AUGGAUAAUAAAAAUGAAAAAUUAUUUUUUUCAGUUUGGAGAAACAAGUUUUUAUUAAAUGAAAUACAAAGACAUCACAGGUUAUAUAUAGAAAAUAAAAUAAUACGUAUUUACAAGUCAAUGGAUCAACUUAGAUACCAUCCACAUAGAAGAUAUGCAACAGAAAUUAUAAUUGAUGUUAACGAACCAUUACAUGCACUACAUUCAUUAAAAGAACUCGAUUUACCAAUGUUUAAUCAAGAGAUAUUGGAUAUCCAAACAUUUCCACACUCAAUCAAAUCUUUAUUUUUGAAUAAUUUUAAUCAAGUUAUAAAACCAAAUGUACUUCCACCAUCAAUAACCAAUCUCGUUUUAACUUCAUAUAACCACCCACCUUCAGACGGUGUAUUUCCAGAAUCAGUCACCUCACUACGUAUGAACAACUUUAACCACCCAUUAUCCAACUCUCUAGCAAAACUACAUUCAUUAAAAACCCUCUAUUUACAAGAAUUUAAUCAAGUUAUAAAACCUAAUGAACUUCCAUCAAUAACUAAUCUCAGUUUAAGUCAUUAUAACCACCCACUUUCAGACGAGAUAUCGAUCGAAACAUGUCUCACACCCUCAAUAGAGACAUUAAAAUUGUUGGGAUUUAACCAAGUUAUAAAACCAAAUGUACUUCCACCAUCAAUAACCAAUCUCGUUUUAACUGCAUAUAACCACCCAUUAGAACCACAUGUAAUACCACCAAAUGUGAAAAAAUUACAUCUAACAUCAUACAAUUGUAAUCUUGGUAAACAUUUAUUUCCAAAUACUUUACAACAUUUAGUUAUAUCAAACCAUUCAAAGGAAUUAUUGGAACAUGAUUUACCAUCAUCAAUUACAGAACUGCAUUUCGAUUCGAAUAUUGGUUAUUCUUUUAAUCCAAUUCGAUUUCAAACCAAUUCAAUACCACCAUCAGUAAAAAAAUUAAUACUCCCAGAUAACCAUUCCCAACCUCUUCAAGUCGGUACAAUACCCAAUUCGGUAGUAGAUUUAGAGCUACCCAUAAUCUAUUCCCACCCUCUUCAAGUCGGUACUAUACCAAAUUCAGUUACAUAUUUAACAUUACCUCUAUUAUCUAGUCCUCUUCAAGUAGGUUUAUUACCAGAAUCUCUCACUAAAUUAACCUUUAGUAAAGGAUUUGAUCAACCUAUAGACCCAGCUACCAUUCCACAAUCUGUUACUCAAAUACUAUUGCCUCGUUAUUAUAGAUAUCCAAUACCAAACUCUUUAUUAAAUAUAAUAAAAACAUAA